AUGGCCUCGACAUCGCCAACGGUUGCCGACGGCGCUCGACCCGACGCCCUACCAAACAAGCCACAAACGAAACUUCCGCCCAUCCCCAAAGGCACGCGCAUCCAAAAACGUCCCCUCCCCGGUCCCUCCCCCUCCACCCGCCCACGAAACCCACCACGAGCAGCGCCAUCCUCCCCUGACUUACUAGCCUUAGCAGCCGACUCAGACGGCUACACCCCCCCGCCGCUCGCGUCGCACACCAUCGUCGUCAAAGUCUCGUCCGGCGCAAGCUUCAUGAGCCUCGUCCGGCGCGUGCGCAAGGCCCUGGAGAAGGCGCCGUCGCGGCGCGCGGGGCGGGAUAGCAGGGUGCCGCUUGCUGCGAGGGUCGCGUCAGCUACCACUUCUGCUUCAACUUCUAUAUCGAGAUCUUCUGGGAAUGCUGGGAGGGGUGAGGCAGGUGCAGCGACGGGGCAAAAAGCGACCGGGGUUAUCGGGGAUCGGCUGGAUGAUGUCAUGCUUGUGGCGACGGGGAGGGCGAUUGAGAGGGCAGUGGAGAUUGGCGGGUUUUUUACGAGGGAGAGGGAACUGGCUGUGUUGGUGAGGACCCGGACGGUGCGGGCUGUGGAUGAUGUUGUGGUAGUGGAUGAGGAGGCGGAUGCGGAGGCGGAGGAUCAGGUGCGGGUGAGAAAUGUCAGUUGCGUGGAGGUGGGCAUCAGGUGGACGAGUUGA